UAUUAAUUCAUCUGGCAACCCUUCACGUUUCCUGUUCUCCCAGCCCAGUCUUCGUCUUUCGAGCUGUAGUAUUCACUUGCGCCCGUCAUAUACUGACUUAAACCCAGGAAACACAAAACACCUCGACAUUCCAGGUAAAAAAAAGAGGGUUGGAGGACAGGAUAAGACAAGCAGCCAUGGUGUCCAUCCCAGAAUACUACGAGGGGAAGACCGUCCUAAUCACCGGGGCAACUGGCUUCAUGGGGAAGGUCCUGCUGGAGAAACUGCUGCGCUCUUGUCCCGGGGUGGAGGCGGUGUACGUGCUGGUCCGACACAAGGCUGGACAGAACCCCCAGGCCCGCAUCGCAGACAUGAUCAACUGCAAGCUGUUUGACAGGGUGCGGGACGAGCAGCCGGGCUUUGCGGAGAAGAUCGUCGCUGUGAGCAGCGAUCUGACCCAGCCCGAGCUGGACCUGAGCAAGGAGGAUCAGGAGAUGCUGGCCGGACGCAUCAACAUAGUGUUUCACUGCGCCGCCACCAUCCGCUUCAAUGAGCCCCUCAAAGAUGCCAUCCAGCUGAACGUGCUAGCCACUCAGAAGAUGGUGGCCCUGGCCCACAGGAUGAAGCACUUGGAAGUGUUCCUGCACGUGUCCACGGCCUAUGCCAACUGUGACAGGGAGCUGAUCGAGGAAGUCAUCUACCCUCCACCCGUCGAUUACAAGAAACUUAUCGACACCCUAGACUGGAUGGAUGAGAAGCUGGUGACCCUGAUAACCCCUAAACUGAUUGGGGAUCGUCCGAACACCUACACGUACACCAAGGCCCUGGCCGAGUACCUGGUGCAGCAGGAGUGUGGGAACCUCAACGUGGCCAUCGUCAGACCCUCCAUCGUAGGAGCCAGCUGGAAGGAGCCUUUCCCCGGUUGGAUUGAUAACUACAACGGACCCAGCGGAAUAUUUAUCGCGGCUGGGAAGGGAAUCCUGCGUACGAUGAGGGCGUCCAACAACGCAGUGGCCGACCUGGUUCCAGUAGACGUGGUCAUCAACACGACCCUGGCUGCUGCCUGGUACUCAGGCUCCCAGAGACACACCAGGCCUAAGAACAUUCUGGUGUACAACUGCACGACUGGUGGAAUCAAUCCUUUCCGCUGGGGCGAAGUUGAGUACCAUGUAAUAUCCACUUUCAAGAGGAACCCGCUCGAGCAGGCGUUCAGAAGGCCCAAUGUAAAUCUCACAACCAAUCACCUUAUCAAUCAGUACUGGAUCGCUGUGAGCCACAAAGCUCCAGCCUUUCUCUAUGACCUCUACCUCAGGAUGACUGGACGAGAACCCAGAAUGAUGAGGACCAUCACACGCCUCCACAAAGCCAUGAUGGUGCUGGAGUAUUUCACCAGCCACUCCUGGGUGUGGAACACGGACAACGUCACCAUGCUCAUGGGACAGAUGAGUCCAGAAGACAAGAGGGCGUUUAACUUUGAUGUGAGACAGCUGCACUGGGCCGAGUACAUGGAAAAUUACUGCAUGGGCACCAAGAAGUACGUCCUGAACGAAGAGCUAUCCGGCCUGCCUGCUGCUCGCAAGCAUCUCAACAAGCUGAGGAAUAUCCGCUACACCUUCAACACUGUCUUGGUGGUGCUGAUCUGGAGGGUCUUCAUCGCCCGCUCCCAGAUGGCCCGGAACAUCUGGUACUUUGUGGUCAGCCUCUGCUUCAAGUUCCUCUCCUACUUCAGAGCGUCCAGCACCAUGAGAUACUGAAGGCCCCGGCCCUCAAGACCACAGAACCAGGACACAUAGGAUCCCAAUCAGCCUCGGGGCUGCAUGUUUACCCUGCCUUCCCCAGCUUUGUCACCACACCCCCCUCACCCUUCUGCUCAAGGCCCAGUCUGGAUGCUCAGAACCUGGCUUCACACUCACUAGAACCCACCUUUAGCCCAGACAAACCCCACCCCUGUUCAUGGUCCAGGAAACCUACUGCUAGAGGCAUGAUGCCAGUCCCCUAACCUUAUGCCCCUUCCCCUCCCUGUGGCCUGCACAUGGCUAUGCAUCGGACAACGCUCUACUGCAAAUUCUGAAACUUUUAACCUUACUUGAAGAGACUGACAAACUGUCUAUGUAGUUGUUCAUGGGUCUGGGACUAGGAGCAGCUGCAACAGUGAUUUCACUCAGCAUGUAUACAGCCAAACCUCCUGCUACAAGUAACAUUGUCCCCCUCUUAAAAUCAUUGGUAGUGAGAAGCAGCGGUCCACAUUCUCGAUUCCUUCCCCCGAAGUGUACUCUGGAGGGGAUUCACCAGCGAGAGACGCGAUGAUUGGUAGUGGCAUGGGAACAUCUAACGAGGCCUACUCCUGCUUCCCACUUUACACUUCUCUGCAGUUCUUGAUGUUGCUGAGUGGAUGAUGUGGGCGUACACGCUGGGGGCGUUGAAAGGGCAGAGAGUAGGACCGGAGCCAGAGUGUCGUCCUCGCUGGGUUUCAGGGGAAGCUUUCUGCUGAUGCAGCCGGGUCUACGAGGGGUCCGUUAACCUUCUGCACGUGUCUGCCUGGGUCUGUGCUCGGGCUCGGGUCUACUGUAGGCGCCUGCGAGAGUCUCCCCUCUUAUCACACCAAGCACAAGGAUAGAUGGGAGGUUGCAAUGGAUGUUUUUAUACAAUGCCUCAAACUCGCGUGUGUUAACUCGACCGACUGCAGAAACGGCUCGUUUUGUUUUUGUUUUCCCCGUCGUGGUCGUAGGUCCCUCUGCUUUGUGCAUAAUAUAGUUGGGGAGGACUGGGAGAUGUAGUCCAACUUUGCUGAUUUUUUUCAAUUGUUUUGAAAGCCCAAGCUUUUUAGAUUAGUUAGUUUUAGAUUUAGCGCAGUUACUGUAUGUCGGUUGGAUCAGCAUACGUUUCUUUUUUUUAAAUUAAGUUCAGUGAUCCUGGGCAUUUUCUGGAAGUCUGUUAAGCUAUUAAUCUUGCUUCAGUUUCCCUUCCAGAAGGUUUAGCCUGUUCCCUAUCAUGCCUUUUUAAGAGUUUACUUGUUGUUUACCUGGACAUUGUAAUGCCUUUUAUCAAUAUGUCUUGCCAUGGAAGUCAAAGGUGGUCUUAUCUCCCAGGCAAGUGAAUGCUUAAGGCAAGACUAUUUGUAUUUGUCCUUUAUCCUUCUUGUCAGGUCUCAUCGUACAUGAUGUAGGACAGACCGUCUGAUUUGCCUUGGUUACCGUACUUUACCAUGGUUACUGUACCAUGACUUUGCUUAUUGACCAUGCUGUGGCUCUGCGUGCUUGUGAGAGCUACUCUGACUUGGGUUUAUUAUGAAAUUGUUGGAGAGGUAUGUGUGUGAUGGCACAUUGUGAAUUGUGCCUGAACUUUGUCUAUAUAACGUGAAAAAGGAGCAAUCAGAUGUUUUCUAAUCCGUGUAAAACUCUAUUUAGGUAUAGACUUCAUAUUUAAAAAAUCUGACCUAAUAGAAUAUUUUUAUGCUAACAAUGUAUUGUGUGGGGAUUUAUUUACUUAUAAAAAAAAAUCUAAAAGUCUACAGUAGAUCUUAAUGUAUUUUGCGCACUCUCUGAAUGUAAUGGUUAAUUGAACAUAACUCUCGCACAUCUCCCUAUACUGUCAAGCUUUCAAUGAUUCUUGAACCCAAGUUAAUAUUUCCUUGUGUCAAAAGUUUCUUGUGUUUUGAAUAUUGAUAAACGGGCGUCCUUUUCCAAAUGUUUUGAAGGGUAUCCUUGCGUAUGUUGACUUUAGCUCCUGUAAAUUCUUUCUGUGUCUGUUUUUGAAGAUGUGGGGUUCCGGGUAGUUCUAGUGUUUCUGUGCUGUAUGGCUGUGACAGAAGCAGGGACAUGACUAAUUCAAUGUUCAUUCACUAACGUGAUUGAGAGGCUCUGUCAGAGUAGGAACUGUCUCACCUGUUUGGCGGCGAUGCCCGUCCAUUAUUGCAACACUGCAAUGAUCUAAGAGCACUGCAAUGAUCUAACUGCACGUCAGACAAAUACAUUUCUUAUCACUAAGGUCUGGAUAUGUGGAUGUAAAGGUGACAUUUGGUUAACACACCAUUUAUUGUGUCUUCUGCCUGCUAACAUUUGUUGUUUUCAUCGAAUAACGGUAUACUGUAUUCUUGUCCAAUACAAAUGUAUCACUUCCUGUGUCCUGACGACCAUAACCGUUGCUGGAUGCUCUGGACUUGGAAAGCUCAGUCAAUGUAAAAAGAAAAGAAAAAAAAAAGAUUAUCUAUGGGUGCCUUUUGUUUGCAAACCAAAAAGGAAUAAACUAAAUUUAAAAUCUU